ACUAUUGGAAUUUUGAGGCAUCUAACUUCCUUCUUGGUUUUAACAACAAUAGCAAAUCCAAAACUCGUAUUUCGUUUCAUCUGAUUCUUUCGUUCUCCUUUUCGCUCGAUUUCCAUGGCUUUGUCUACAGCUGGUGUUUCCAUCACAGGCAGAUCUCAUUUCAAGUCAUCUGACCUUUGGUCCACAAAGCUCGGCACAUCUGGGAAGCAAUCAAGAGUCACAUUUCAAAGAAAGUUGAAUCAAUCGAAACCUGAUUUUUCAAUUCGUGCACAGUACAAAGAGCGUUCUAGGGGUGGAGGUGGUGAUUUUCUUGCUGGUUUUCUUCUAGGAGGGGCGGUGUUUGGGACAUUGGCGUAUGUCUUUGCUCCGCAGAUCAGGAGAUCCAUACUGAAUGAAGAUGAAUACGGAUUUCGGAGGGCUAAGGGACCCAUCUAUUAUGAUGAGGGUUUGGAGAGGACCAGCCAGACACUGAAUGCGAAAAUAAGCCAACUAAAUUCUGCAAUCGACAAUGUUUCCUCACGACUGAGAGGGGGGAUUAAGUUGGUAAAGGAGUCCAGAAAGACCGACUCUGAAAUUGAAGCUGCCAUGUAGACAUCUAUUUCCUCAUGGACUGCAUCUCUUAUGUUGGGCUUGAUGGUCAAAAUCCUCAUCAAUCCUUUCUCAGGUUGGAUGUUCAAAACUGCAUCUUUUCUUUUCGAUUCUUGAUUCAUAGCACCGUGAACUUGCUGUAAGUUUGUCUUGAUGCCUAUUCUCCAGGAACUAGUAAUUCCAAACUUCAGUGCUAUACCUGAUAUUUUGAA